AUGUCUUCUAGUAGAUCUAAAACAUCAAUACUAGAUAAGCCGUUAAGUAAAGGCAAAGGUGAAAUUUCCCUAGCUUUAUACGCCCUCUUGUUUUCAGAAAUCGUGCAAUAUUGUCAAAACCGUUCACAUUCUAUUCAUGAACUACAAACAAAAUUAUCAGAAAUUGGUCAAGAUGUGGGCACUCGUCUAUUAGAUCUAUAUUUUGUCAGGGAAAGGAAUAGCAAAAGAGAAAUCAAAUUGUUGAAUAUGCUUUUAUUUGUUAAAUCUACAUUAUGGAAGGUGUUAUUUGGUAAAGAGGCUGACAAAUUGGAGCAUGCUAAUGAUGAUGAAAGAACUUACUACAUAAUAGAAAAAGAUGCCUUAGUGAAUAAAUUCAUCAGUGUCCCGAAAGAUAAGGGCUCCUUAAAUUGUGCCACAUUCAAUGCAGGCAUCAUAGAAGCUGUUCUUACCAAAAGUGGUUUUCCAGCAAAAGUCACCGCUCACUGGCAUAAGGGAACUACAUACAUGGUCAAAUUUGAUGACUCUGUCAUUGCCCGGGACAAAUCUCUGGAUGAACGU